AUGAGCAAAAAAGAUGCGAAAACGAUCACAGAUAAUGUUCAUAAUGCCAUCUUCGAUGUCGCUGAUGCUAAUCAAGAUGACUUCAUUUCUCUACAAGAGUACAAAGUUUAUUUCCAUAUAUUAGGCCAUGAUAUCUCGGAUGAAGAAAUUACGCAAUCUUUCAAUGCUAUAGAUAGCAACAAAGAUGAAAAAAUAAGUCGAGAGGAGUUUUUGGAAGCGGCAUUUGAUUAUUCCAUCAAUGUUGACGAAUCCGAAGUUAACAGAUAG